UUCAGUGUGAGGUUCACUCAGUCAGCAGCCAGACGUCAUGGAGGCCACAGCGCUCUGCAUCACACUGUGGAUGAUGGUGUUUCUGCAGCUCUGUGAACAGAGAGUUGAUGCAGAUGUUUGGAUCGAACCAUCCAGACUUCAGGUCUUUGAAUAUGAGCCGUUCUCUUUAAGAUGUGUGGGCUUCGAUGGUUUGACUGAUGUGAACAUUUUACGGUGGAGCAAAGCAGGAAAGGAAACUUGUGAUGGUUCAAAAUGGGGCUCAUUGAAUGAGAAUAAAUGCAACAUUAAAUCUCCUUAUAAAGAGGAAAGUGGAGAUUACUGGUGUGAGGCUGGAGGGAAGAAAAGCAACUCUGUGAACGUCAUUAUCACCGGUGGCUCUGUGAUCCUGGAGAGUCCUGUGCUCCCUGUGAUGGAGGGAGAAUCUGUGACUCUGAGCUGCAGGAACAAGACGACCACUUCCUCCAUCCUCUCAGCUGACUUCUAUAAAGAUGGCCGCCUCAUCAGGAGCAGCCCUUCAGAGAACAUGAACAUCCGCAGGGUUUCUAAAUCUGAUGAAGGACUCUACAAGUGCAGCAUCUCUGAUGGUGGAGAAUCACCAGAGAGCCGGCUGACUGUCAGAGCUAAAGAAACUUGCUCCACUCUCUCCCCGUGGAUCUUUGUCUCUGUUUCAUUGAUGCUUCUGCUGCUGGCCGUGGGAAUACAUCGAUUUUGCAAAGGUUAUCGGCACAGAGUGUUGCUCUGCCUGUCCACACAAACACCUGGACUGGCUGAGCAUCACACAGUUCCAGUAGAGACCAGUGCAGUGGAUUCAGGCCAAAUGACGUAUGCUGUGGUAUCAAAAAACAGGAAGAAGAAAGCAGAGGACGCCUUGUAUUCUACAAUCCAGCCGCUGAAGAUGGAGUUUUGAAAAACUGUUUCACACGUUGUACCUUAAUGAAAAGUUUGUGAAUGUGUUGUUCAUGUUGCGUAUUUUAAGC